GUGAACGACGACGGCUGCAAAAUAAAAAUAAGUACAGUGAAAUCAAAAUAAUCUACACGGAAGAUGAUAUUAAAAUAUUUCUGCUAUCGAGAAAAAAAAUGAUAUUACUGAUUGUCGUUGCUGUCUUUUUCGAUGUACUUGUAAUUGAAGCACUAAUCAAUGGUGAUGUCAGAUUGACAAAUUCUUACAGGUUAGAAAUUUACAACAAUUAUGAAUGGGGCACAGUAUGUGAUGAUAAAUUUGAUGACAACGCCGCCACAGUAGCAUGUAAACAACUGGGAUUCAGUGGUGGUGUUUCAUUAGGAAGCUUGGUGGAAGCUGGAUCUGGAACCAUAAUGCUGGAUGAUUUGGAGUGCACAGGAAGUGAAAGUAGACUGUACGGUUGUCCGAGUAAACCAUGGAAAGAACAUGACUGUAGUCACAGUGAAGAUGUAGGAGUUUUUUGCAGCAAUCUUUAUCCAGUAAAUGGUGGGUGGUCGUCUUGGGCACAAUGGACUACAUGCAGCAUAACUUGUAAUGGAGGGGUUCAAACAAGAUCACACGCAUGUAAUAGUCCAUCGCCUAAAUAUAGAGGGUCAUGCUGUCAUGGAAACACACUGGAGACAAGAACAUGCAAUAAUAUCCCUUGUCCAGUUAAUGGUAGAUGGUCCACAUGGCAACAAUGGACAUCAUGUAGCAGUAGCUGUGGGGUUGGGUUUCGGACCAGGAUACGCCAAUGCAACAAUCCUUUACCUCAAUCUAGAGGUGCAUAUUGUUAUGGGUCUCCAUCGCAAACAACAAAAUGCAAAACUGUUUCUUGUCCAGUUGUUGUUGGCGAAUGGUCACCAUGGAUGACUUGGACAGAUUGUAGCAAGCCUUGCAAUGGCGGUUUAAAAGAAAGAUCACGUAAUUGCACCAGUCAGUCUCCGUUUAAUGGUGGUUUAUAUUGCAACGGAACUGAUACAGGCGUCAAACUUUGUAACACAUUAUCUUGUUCAGGUAUAGAGACACGCUCGGAGUUAGCUGCCAUUGUUUCUGGAGUAUCUGUCGGAAGCAUACUGGUAUCGGUAGCUUUUGUAUUGAUCUACAUACAUAUGUGUGCUCGAAAGGAAACACCAAAAGAAGGAAUACCUACCAAAGGGAAUGGGGACGAGGUUUACAUCUAUCAAGAAUCCGAUCAACCAUCACAAGCAUUCAAUAAUGCCGCUUAUAAGAAAAACAAGGAUUUAAAGGAUGCAACAACAAAUGAGGCAGAUUCAGAUCCGGAUGAUAUUUAUGAAAUUUGUGAAUAAAACAGUUAUGA